CAUAAACCCCAAACCCCUAAAAUGGCCACCAUUCCAAGCCAUGCCUUAAGACACCUCACCGUCAAUAGACCAUGGCUCCGCAAAAUCCGCUGCACGGCCUCUCUCGCGUUUUGCAGUCCUGACAACUACAUCAACGGCAAUGCCGACACCAAAACAACCAACAACAGCAAUUCACAAGCAUUCUUCCCAAAGAAAAACCAAGUCCUGGAGCUUGAAUGUGAGAGCUUGGCUUUUAAAGGAAAAGGUGUUUGCAAGGUGGCAGAUUCUGGGUUUGUUUUAUUGUGUGACCGUGCACUCCCUGGUGAACGUUUCAUCGGCCGUGUUACUCGUAAGAAAGGAAGUUAUGCUGAGGUGACCAAGUUGAAGACAAUAUCUCCUCAUUGGGACCUUGUUGAUGCCCCUUGUGAGUAUGCAUCAUACUGUGGAGGUUGUAAAACACAAAAUCUGUCCUAUGAGGCUCAGGUCAGAGCUAAGGAGCAACAAGUACGGGAACUGCUCAUCAAUGUUGGAAAGUUUUCAGAUAAAAGCCCUGAUUUCUCAAGUAUUAUGAAGCCCAUUGUUCCCUGUGAUAUACAAUUUCAUUAUCGAAAUAAGAUGGAAUUCUCAUUUGGUUCUCAGAAAUGGUUACCCAAGGAAUUGUUAGAUCAGAAGCUAGAUGAUAAUGAGAACUAUGCGCUAGGACUGCAUGCUCCUGGCUUUUUUGAUAAGAUAUUAAAUGUUGACAAAUGCUUAUUACAAAGUGAGCCUGCCAACAAGAUCCUAGCAACUGUCCAAGACCAUUGGAAAGAUCCAGAACUAGGUCUUUCUCCAUACAAUGUUCACACUCACGCUGGAUUCUUUAAACAUCUAGUUCUGAGAACUGGAAGGGACAUGAAGACCGGUCUCCCUGAACUUAUGGUUAACUUUGUCACCUCAUCUUAUAAGCCAGGGCUGCUGAAACUCUUAGUUGAGAAAAUUUCAGCCAUUCCUGAAGUGGUUAGCAUUGUGAAUAAUGUAAAUACUUCUGUUGGUAACACAUCUGUUGGGGAGGAGGAAUAUACUUUGUAUGGAAAAUCUACAAUCACAGAGAGUUUGAGAGGUCUAACAUUUCAAAUUUCUGCAAACUCUUUUUUCCAGACGAAUACUCGUCAGGCUGAGGUCCUGUAUAAACUAAUUGAAGAUUGUGCUGGCCUGCGAGGAGAUGGCUCUGAAGUUGUCCUUGAUCUAUUUUGUGGAACAGGAACCAUUGGUCUAACACUUGCCAAAACGGCUAGACAUGUCUAUGGAUAUGAAGUAGUUGCUCAAGCUGUGGCAGAUGCUCAUAGAAAUGCCUUGCUAAAUGGAAUAAGUAAUGCUACAUUUGUCCAAGGAGAUCUUAACAAAAUUGGUGAAAAUUUUGGCAAGGAUUUUCCAAAGCCAGACAUCGUAAUUUCAGAUCCAAAUAGACCCGGUAUGCACAUGAAGUUAAUCAAAUUUUUGCUAAAGCUAAAGGCUUCAAGAAUAGUUUACGUAUCAUGCAAUCCUGCGACCUGUGCUCGUGACCUUGAUUACCUUUGCCAUGGUGUGAGAGAGCAAAACAUCAAAGGAUGUUACCAGUUAAAAAGCAUACAGCCAGUGGACAUGUUCCCUCAUACUCCCCAUAUUGAAUGUGUUUGCCAAUUGGAGCUUUCUUGAAAGCCAGCUUUUGGCCCCUGCGGUUCAUGGGAUUGUUUAUUUUAUGAUAAAACCUUUCAUUGACCACACUGCCUCUAAUGAUUCAAUUUUUUGUUUUCUAUUUC